AUGUUACCCUCAGGCUCACGAUCUUCCCUCGAUAGCAUCGACGAGGCCUUGUCUCCGGUGGAGGAGACGCGAAUCAACGAAGGCUCCAAAUCACAAAAGGGAUAUGAAACAACCAAUGAUCUCGAUCUCGUGCGAAGUCAUAUAUCCCACCAUGAUAUGCCCGUGACUACCGAUGAGUUUCGCGAGGUUGACGCCGAGCAAUACUUGCGCUUCUCGCCGGCCCGGAAGGCGGUUAUCGUCUUUGUAUUGUCAUUCUGCUCGUUUCUGGCCCCGAUCUCUUCAACCUCCAUUCUGUCGGGCAUCCCCGAGGUCGCAGAGACCUACAACACUACCGGUAGCAUCAUCAACGCUAGCAAUGCCUUGUACCUGGCAUCCAUGGGGAUCUCGGCUCCAUUUUGGGGUCCCUUUAGCCAAGUGUGGGGGCGGCGUCCGAUUUUCCUUGCAAGCGCAUUCCUUUUCUUCGUGUUUAGCAUUGGCACGGCCCUGGCGCCAAAUCUACCGGCCUACUACAUCUUCCGCGUCCUGACAGCCUUUCAAGGAACAUCGUUCCUGGUGGUAGGAAGUUCCGCCCUUGGUGAUAUUUACGAGCCUCGAGCGCGGGCAACGGCACUGGGGUGGUUCUUGUCGGGCACUCUAAUCGGACCAGCCUUUGGUCCGUUCAUUGGCGGCGUGAUCGUCACCUUCCGCUCAUGGCGCGUCGUCUUCUGGCUGCAGUCUGCCCUCGGCGGUGCCGGUACAUUGCUUGUCUUCUUUUUCUUCCCAGAGACAUACCCGCAUCUCAACAAGACUGAGCUCACCGAAAAGACCCCUGCGCAAAAGGCGAAGUUCCUCUGGCACCAGGCGAACCCCGUUCGUGUUGGUGUGCUGCUCUUCUCAUACCCCAACCUUUUCAUCGCGGGGCUGGCCGCUGGUGCCCUGGUUUGGAACCAAUACUCUCUGCUCACGCCGAUUCGCUACGUGCUUAACCCGCGUUUCCAUCUCACCAGCCCUAUUCAGUCGGGUCUGUUCUAUAUUGCGCCUGGAUGUGGGUACCUAGUGGGGACGUUCAUGGGCGGCCGGUGGGCGGACUAUAUGGUAAAAAAAUGGAUCCGCAAGCGUGGUGGCAUCCGUGUACCAGAGGACCGUCUCAAGUCAUGUCUGAUAUUCAUUACGGCUGUUAUCCCGGGAUGCAUCCUCGUCUACGGCUGGACAGUUGAGAAGGCUGUCGGUGGUAUUCCUGUCCCCGUAUUGGCUAUGUUCCUUCAGGGCGUGGCACAGCUGUUCUGCUUCCCUAGUCUGAAUACAUACUGCCUAGACGUGAUGCAGUCCAAGGGUCGGAGUGCCGAAGUUGUAGCAGGAAACUACAUGUUCCGGUACGUGUUUGCCGCCCUGGGCUCUGGCACUGUGCUUCCCGCCGUGGAAGCUAUCGGUGUCGGUUGGUUUAGUACGAUCAGCGCCCUGUUCUUAAUCAGCUCUGGUCUGUGCGUCCGGGCUACUACUAUCUUGGGCGAUAAGUGGCGCAAUCAAGUCGAUGAGAGGAACCAGCGCAAGGAGGAAAAGAGGGCUUCGGGGAGGUCUUCUAAGCAGGAGACUGAGACGACUGCCGAAGUCUAA